CGAGGACGAAGAAGAAGAAGAAGAAGAAGAAGAAGAGCAGUUUACCCGGCUGUUAACCAGCACCGCAAUAUUAUUCACAAAUUAAGCUUAUUUAAAGGCUGCAUGUUGGUGAAAAGGACCUGUUUUCAUAUUUUAAUAUGUAAUAUCCUUAUAUAUAAGAGAACUGCAGUUCUUGGUUAAGAUAAAGUAAUGAUGUUUUAAAAGAGAAACCGUUAACCAAAUGCUAAUAUUAGCCGCGUGUAGGGAAACGUGAGCUUUUGUAGUGUAUCUUAUACCCAAGUGUGCCGGUUUCCAUGAAGAUGAGGUGUCACUAUGAAGUAUUGGGAGUGAAAAGAGACGCAGGAGAUGAUGAUCUGAAGAAAGCUUAUCGGAAAUUAGCCUUAAAAUGGCACCCAGAUAAAAACUUGGAGAACGCCGAGGAGGCCGCAGAGCAGUUCAAGCUCAUUCAGGCAGCUUAUGAUGUCCUCAGCGAUCUGCAGGAGAGAGCCUGGUAUGACAAUCACAGAGAAGCUCUGCUGAAAGGAGGCCUAAGCGGCGAUUAUGAAGACGACAGCAUUGACCUCCUGCAGUACUUCACAGUCACAUGCUACUCAGGAUACGGAGAUGAUGAGAAGGGCUUUUACACGGUUUACAGGAAUCUUUUUGAGUCCAUUGUUAAGGAGGAGAUGGAGCACAGCAGGAUGGACGACGAGGAAGAGGAAGAAGGGUUUCCUCCCUUUGGAGAUUCUCAGAGCGAUUAUGACACAGGAGUUCAUGUGUUUUACGCCUACUGGCAGAGCUUCUGUACUCGCAAAAACUUUGCUUGGAAGGAGGAAUACGACACGAGGCAGGCGUCCAACCGCUGGGAAAAAAGGGCCAUGGAGAAGGAGAACAAGAAGACCAGGGAAAAGGCUCGAAAAGAGCGCAACGAGCUGGUGCGGCAACUGGUGGCCUUCGUCCGUAAGAGGGACCGGCGCGUCCAGGCCCACAGGAAGCUGGUGGAGGAGCAGAACGCUGAGAAGAUCAAGAAAACGGCGGAGCUGAGGCGACAGCAGAAGCUCCAACAAGCCAAGAUGGCAGAGGAGUACAAGGAGCAGAGCUGGGCCGCAAUGUCUGAGCUGGAGAAGGAGCUGCAGCAGAUUGAAGCUCAGUACGGAGAGGAGUUUGGAGACACAUCUGAGAGUGAGGAAGAGGAGAUGAAUGUGGACACAUUUAAAAAAAACAGUGAAAGAGAUGGAGAUGCUGAGCAGCCGAACGACAAUGACCCAACCAUCGACUGUUAUGAUGAUCUCUACUGCCCUGCUUGUGACAAGUCUUUCAAAUCGGAUAAAGCCAUGAAAAACCAUGAAAAGUCCAAAAAGCACCGAGAGAUGGUGGUGUUGCUACGGCAACAGUUGGAGGAAGAAGACGAUUCAUUCUGCUUGAAUGGAAAGGAGGAUGGAGAGAAAGAAAAUGACCUGCAGGAUGAGGGGGACGAAGAAGAGGAACAGCCAAGGCAAAAGCUGUCAAAAAAGCAAAAGAGGAAAAAGAAACAGCAGAAAGUAGUACAGCAAACUACUGUUGAGGGUAAAGAGGAGGAGGAGACGAUACCCACACAGACCACCUGUGAGGAAGAAGUCCCUGAAAGGUCAGAAAAUCCUGUACAACCUGAAAAGCAGGAGGACCUUCCCUCUGCAGAAGUCAAAAGCAGCUCUGAAAAAACGAAAGGAAAAAAGGGAGGUGGGAAAGACAAGGCAAAAAACACCAAAUCACACACUGAACAGUUUCCUGAGAAGGAAGUAAAUCUCCGCUGCGUUACCUGCAACGACGAGUUCCCCACAAGAAACAAGUUGUUUGACCAUCUGAAGACCAGCGGCCAUGCUAUUGCUAUUUCUACAAACGCUACUCACAGUUCCACGAGCAAGAGCAGGAAAGAAAAGCGGAAAAACAGAUAAUACAUCCUCACUGCGCCUUAUAAGACUUUGACCCAAAAGAAACUCAUUUGGAGAUGUUUUUUGCGAUCUGUGUGAGAUAAGUCAAAUACGGACCCUAACCUUCUGUCUAUAAGUUCAAUAGGUGAGAGUGAAACAAGAUGUAGUUUUAAAAUAAAAAUUUUAAAGCAUA